CAGAAAGGGCACUCUAUUAUUGGAAUAAUGAAUACAUCAUGAGUUUGAUAGAAGAAAACUCUAAUGUCAUCCUUCCCAUCAUGUUUUCCAGUCUUUAUAGGAUUUCGAAAGAGCAUUGGAAUCCGGCUAUCGUGGCGCUAGUGUACAACGUGCUGAAGGCAUUCAUGGAAAUGAACAGCACCAUGUUUGACGAGCUGACAGCCACAUACAAGUCAGAUCGUCAGCGUGAGAAAAAGAAAGAAAAGGAGCGUGAAGAAUUGUGGAAAAAAUUGGAGGAUCUGGAGUUAAAGAGAGGUCUUAGACGUGAUGGCAUAAUUCCAACUUAACAGAAAUAAUGAG